AUGUCUCCUUCAGGAUUACCCGAUAUUCCCAAGAUCAAUCUUUCCUUUCCACUUGUCCCACUCGCUGUCAAAGCCUUCGAGUACACCAAAGAGCACACGAGUGAGAUAUUGUACAACCAUACAGCACGCACCGCCUACUGGGCUCUGAUACUCGCAAAGAAACUGCCGCAGUUCGCGAGCAUCGACGUCGAGGUUGUGGUCGUGUCGUCCAUCUUACACGAUGUCGGCAUGGCUACAGACAAGGGCAUGCUGAAGAAGGAGCUGCGGUUCGAGGUCGACGGCGCCAACAUCGCCCGGACCUGGCUGACGGGCCAGCUGGCGGAGGAGGGUGGUGGCUGGGACGCCCAUCGUGUCCAGCUCCUGUGGGACGCCAUUGCGCUGCACACGACGCCCUCGAUCGCGCUCCACAAGCAGCCCGAGGUCGCGCUGAUGCUCAUGGCGACCAUGGCGGACCUCUCGGGGCCCAACUUCCAGGGCGGCGGCCUCAUCACCCUGGACGAGUACAAGGAGGUCGUGCGGGUCUUCCCCGUGGUCGAGCUCGGAGUCGCCAACACUAAAGCCACCAUGUGCGGUCUGUGCCGCGACCGCACCGAGGCCUCGUUCGACACCCUUGCCGGCGAGUUUGGGCGCAGGUUCGGCGUCGACGGGCAGGGCGGCGGAAAGGACGAGUACGAGAAGGAGAGGGAGCAGGCGAUUGGGGGCCUUGUCGACCAGAUCAUCAAGGGUGUGGGAUAUGUGGAACAAUUGGGUAAGGAGAUCGCACAGGAGGCCAGCCAAUGA